AUGGGGCCAGGGAUUCGGGAAAGGCCCCGAGUGGAGGAUGGAGCGGUGGGUUGGGAGGUGAGGAAGGGCCUGGUUGGGGGCCUGGAAAGCGGGUUGGGGGCCGGGGAGGUGGUGAUGCCCCUGACAUCCCAGAGCACGUCCUGGCUGUCAGAGCAGCACGGCACGAAGAUCAGGAAGGCCUUGGAGCAUGGGGUGGCCUCCUUGAGCCUGCACGAUGAUGGCAAGGCAACGCUGCAGCUCCAGGAGGAGGCCUGGUGCUGCACUUUGGAGCUCAGCAAGUUGCCUGUCACUGAGGCGAAGAUCCAGCUCCAGGAACUGAUGUUCAGCUUGGUGGGUUGCGUCAAGAACCUGGAGAAACGUCUUGAAGUGGGGGGCACUCUGGGGUCUUCCUGCAGCCCUGAGAAGAAUGCUGCCCGGAGCCAGCAACUUUUCAUGCCAGAUCCGAGGUCCAGGAAGCCCAGAGGUGCUGGCUCCACUUUGCCAGCCAAGAGGAGGAUCCCAGGAGAGUCUCUCAUCAAUCCUGGUUUCAAAACCAAGAAGACACCAGGUGGAGUGGACUUUGAAGACUCCUGACCUGUGCAGUCCCAUCCCCCUUACAGCUGUCCUAUAGGGAGGGUUUUGAGCAACAUC